AUGGAAGCGUCUCAUCCCGCGGCAGGAUGGGAGAACGUCGGCGACAAGUGGUACCGCAAGGUCCAGCUCUACACCGAGGUGUUCGACCAGGACCUCGAUCUUGACAACCACGUCGUCGCCGGCGCCCCCUACGGCGGAGCCCUCGCUCUCUUGCGAGAUGACACGAAAAUACAGGCAUACCGCGUCAACCCCGGCGCCAGCGCCUCCUCAUCGAAGCCCGGCAUCGACAUCUACUCGUACGCCGGCAAGCUCCUCCGCCGCAUCCCAUGGGACCAGGGCUCUGGCUCGAUCAAGGGACUGGGCUGGGCUAGCGUCGCCGGCGGCGAGGAGAAGCUCCUCGUCGUCACGACGGACGGCACGGUGCGCGUGUACGACCUGCAGGGCGAGUUCACGCAGUUUUCCCUGGGCAACGGCGCCGAAGAGUCGGGCGUCGUCGGGUGCCGCUUCUACGAGACCGGGAUGGUCGCGCUCCUGGGCAACGACACCUUCGUCUCGGUGACGUCGUACGCGGAGCCGAGGCCGCGGCUGCUGGCGGUGCCGCCGACCGACCAGGGCGAGAUCCACGCCUGGGCCGUUGUGGCGCCAGAACACACGCUCUCGCGAUCCGUGGAGGUGCUGUUGAGCAUUGGGGAGACGGUGUACGUCGCCGACGCGGCCGAGUGCGAGGAUCGGUUCCUGGAUCUUGGGCCGUUCAGCCAUAUCAGCGUGUCCCCCGACGGAAGGCUGAUUGUGCUGUACACGAAGACGGGCAAGGCGCAUGUGAUUUCGAGUGAUUUUCAGGAGAGGCUGGUCGAGCAUGACUCGCAGUCCAAGAUCCCGCCAAAGUACGUGGAGUGGUGCGGUUCCGACGCGCUGAUUGCGUGGGAGGAUGAGGUGCAUAUUAUCGGCCCGGACGCCGCAACGGCAGAGUUUUUCUACGAUGGACGAGUGCAUGUUAUAUCAGAACACGACGGCGCGAGACUCAUCACAAACGACGUCUGCGACUUUCUAGAACGCGUCCCGCACGCCACGGAGGAGGUCUUUGGCACCCGCGCCGAGUCCUCGGCGGCCUCAAUCCUCCUCGACGCCGUCGGCCAGCUGGAGCUCCAGUCGCCCAAGGCCGACGACUACAUCCAGCUGAUCCGCGCCAACCUCACUGAAGCCGUCGACACGUGCGUCACGGCCGCGGGCCGCGAGUUCAGCAUCCAUUGGCAAAAGCAGCUCCUCAAGGCCGCGUCUUUCGGCAAGUCGGUGCUCGACAUCUACAACAGCGACGAGUUCGUCGACAUGUGCGAGAUUCUGCGUGUGCUCAACGCCGUGCGCUUCUUCGAGGUCGGCUUGCCGCUCUCGUUCGAGCAGUACCAACGCCUCACUCCCGAGGGCCUCAUCAAGAGGCUCAUUAACCGCCACGAGUACCUCCUCGCGCUCAAGAUCGCGGGGUACUUGCGUCUCCCGACCGACCGCAUCUACGUCCACUGGGCCUCCGCCAAGGUCCGCUCCGGAACCGAAGACGACGAUACCAUCUGCCGGCUGGUCGUCGAGCGCCUCUCCGGAAAGCCGGGCAUCUCCUUUGAAGAAAUCGCCCGCGCGGCCUACGAUGAAGGCCGAGGUCGCCUCGCGACCGAGCUCCUGAACCACGAGCCCCGCGGCGGGCGCCAGGUGCCGCUGCUCCUCAGCAUGGAGGAGGACGAGCUCGCCCUCGACAAGGCCAUCGAGAGCGGCGACACGGAUCUCAUGUAUACCGUGCUCCUCCAGCUCAAGAAGAAGCUGCCACUUGCUGCCUUCUUCCGGGCCAUCAACGCCCGCCCCGCGGCAACCGCUCUCGUCGAGUCCUCCGCCGCCCGCGAAGGCGACAAUGCCCUCCUCAAAGACCUGUACUACCAGGACGACCGCCGCGUCGAUGGCGCCAGCGUCUUCAUCCGCGAGUCGCUCCGCCAGCCCGAUGCCCGCACGUCGUCGGACAAGCUCGCGCUCGCCGCGAAGCUGCUCUCCGACUCGAGGGAAGCUGCGUUCGAGGUGCACGCCCUCAAAGAGGCGCAGACGCUGCUCAAGAUGCAGGAGGCUUUUGACCGCGACCUCACCGACACGUUCACAGGGCUCAGCGUCAACGAGACCAUGUUCAAGCUCAUCCGGCUCGGGUACCACAAGCGCGCCAACAAGAUCCAGAGCGAGUUCAAGGUGCCGGACAAGGUUGCCUGGUGGAUCAGGCUUCGCGCGCUCGUUGCGAAGCGAGACUGGAACGAGAUUGAAGAGCUGGCGAAGACGAGAAGAAGCCCGAUCGGGUGGGAGCCGUUCUUCAACCUCACGCUGCAAGCCGGCAACCCGCGGCUGGCGGCGGUCUUCGUGCCCAAGUGCACGGGUCUGGAGCCCGGGACGACCAUCACCAUGUACGAGAAGUGCGGGAUGCGGGUCAAGGCGGCAGAGGAGGCGGUGAAGCUCAAGGACGCCGAGGCGUGGGGAAGACUGCUCGAGGCGGCGGGACGGGGCACGCAGGAGGGGCGGGAUAUUGAGAGGCUCGGAAGUGCCGUUUUCAAGAAGUGA